AUGAGUUUCUCACUCACAUUCACUGAGCUGGUGAACAUCGCCAUCCCGCAGAGCGGAAUGGUGAACUUCCGAGCCCUGCAUCUGCUGCUGCACGGCAUCCUGGAGCACAUCCACAUGGCUGAGUUGAAGAAGGUCCUCUCGGGGGACGAGGACUUCCUCCAGACCUCGCAGGUUGUGCACAUGCCCAGGGAAGGAGAUGCCCAGCCCAUCUUGAACCCCAUGAAGAGGCUCGGCAACGUCUUUGACCAUGUGGUGAACCGCAUCAACAAGCUGGAAAACCAACUGGCCAUACUGCAGGAGCUGCCCUCCACCACCCAGUUGCUGGAGGCCAGCCAGGGGACCAACAAGCCCAUGCACGACCUAUGGAACCUCAUAAAGCUCCGGAAGAUGGUGCAGGGCAAUGAAGAAGCCACAGAGAAGACCAUGCACGUCCUGCAGGAGCUGCUCAGUGACCUUCACUCAAUGAAGGCCACUAUUGAAACCCUCAGGAAGGAUGUGGACAAGCUGAAGGACCAAUUUGAAAAGAUGAACCUGGAAAAACUUGAGACCUUCUUCGACGAUUUCAAAAGACAGAACCGCAAGAUGACUGCCUUGCAGCGGGAACUGAUUGCCAUCCAGAACAGGGUCAACGCCUUCCCCAAGAAUGAGGAUUUGGUGCUCUGGAGCAGCCUCCACGAGGCCAUGUUCCCCUCGCCACUGCAGUGGGAGCAGGGGCCGCUGAGGCAGACCACCGAGCCGUUCCCGGAGGCCACCCUGCUCCAGCCUUCUGAAUAUAUCGAGGCCAUUGGUCAUAUCCAGGCCACAGAGCCCAUCCAGGGCACCGAGCUCCUGCAGACUGUGUGGCACCAUGACACCCCAGGGGCCCUCCCGGACGAGGAGCCUGCACAAGCCAUUCUGCUCCCUGGGGCCCAGGAGCCAGGCCAGCUGCCAGCGCCCGAGCCAGGGUCUGCACCACAGCCUGGGCCCUUGACUAAGUCUGUGGCUGAGCCUGCAAUGGGGCCGAUGCUGGGGCCCAGCCUGACCUCUGGGUUUGUACCAGCACUUUGGCCCAUGGGACCUGGGCCUGCCCAGGGACCUCAGCCUAUGCCACCGGGAGGCUGGCCUGUGCCCCCCGGAGGCUUGCCCAUGCCACCUGGAGGCUUGCCUGUGCCCCCCGGAGGCCCCGUGCCCCCCGGAGGCUGGCCCAUGGCCCCCAGAGGCUGGCCCGUGCCCCCCGGAGGUUUGCCCGUGCCCCCCAGAGGCUGGUCCAUGCCCCAUGGAGGCUGGCCUGCUCCCAGAGGCUGGUCUGGGGCAAGCCCUUGGUCUUUCUGGGCCUCAGACUUCUUUGAACCUGGCCCAGGCCUGUCAAGCCCCCUACAGCCUGCCCAGCCCCAACACCCGCCCACCAGGGCCCCACCGCCGGCCACAGAGCUGGGCUCAGCAUGGCCCCGUCCGCUCCAGCCUCACAGGCCUCGCCAGGCUGAGGCCACCCCGCUGCAGGCUGUCACAGAAAAGGGGGAAGAGCUGUAUGCCUACCAGGCAGUGGCCCCACAGGAUGGGGCCCCCAAGGAUAAGGCCCCCAUGGAAGCACACCCCAAGCAUCCCCGGUCUGCCCUUCAUCGGAUGAAGACCACAGCUGCCAUUGCUGCCACCGCUGCCGCCACCUACGCUGCUGCUGCCAAAACAGCGGCCCAGGCGGCCAAGGCUGCCGCCAAGGCACUCAAGGAUGUUCCUGCCACCAAAAUGGCCACCUUAGCUUCGACCACGGCCUCUGCUGGGGCCUUAGGGGUCCUUGCGGAUGUCCUGGGUGCCGGAACCUCCCGUGGCGCCACCAGCUCUGCCGCCGCCAGUGAGGACACCGACACAGAAGAAUACCACUUCACUCCUCCGCACGCGGUCGCCCGCGUCUCCCCCGAAGACACGCUGCCUGCGACCUUGCUGGCUGCGCAGAAGGCCGUGAGCGCUGAAGACAAGAGGAAGGCGGUGAAGGAGUCCAUGAGCUACAUAGCCACGCUGCCCGCUAGACAUGACUCCAUGAAAGAAGAGUUCGCCCAGCUGUCCUCCAAGCUGCAGCAGCGCCUGACCUACCUAGUUAACAUGGGUGCCAGUUCCAAGCUCGGAACUACCGUGGAUGUGCUGCAGGAGAAGAUUGGCAACCUCCAGAAGUCUAGGAUGAAGGAGGAGGAGCUGGAGCGCGUUUGGGGUGGUCAGAUUCAGAUGAUGAAGGAUCACUACAUUGUGUUGGAUAGGACUGUGGAGAAGCUCCAGAUUCGCAUGGACGAAUUCAAGACUCUCCAGUCUCAAAUUAAAAAACUGGAAAUGAACAAGGUGGAUAAAAGCAUGAUGGAGCAUGAGUUGAAAGAGAAAGCCGACAGGAGUGCCCUGGCAGGGAAGGCAAGCCGAGCUGACCUGGAGACGGUGGUAAUGGAGCUGAAUGAGAUGAUGCAUGGCAUGCUGCUCAAGUUCACAACCAACGAGGAUGACUGGAAGAAGUCCGUGGAGCAGCUGAACAAGGAUGUGAGCAUCAAGCUAGUCCCAAGAGAUCUGGACCCCCUGAAGAAAGAAGUGGAAGAGGUCUGGAAAAUAGUCAGGAUGUUGCUGAUCGAGGGUCUGCGAUUUGAUCCUGACAGUGCCGCUGGCUUCAGGAAGAAGCUGUUUGAGCGCGUGAAAUGCAUCUCCUGCGACCGCCCGGUGGAGAUGAUGACCGGCCCACACCUCAUCACCAUCCGCAAAGCCCACCUGCUUUCGAGGCUGCGGCCCGCCAGUGCCAACAGCUAUGAGUACCUGCAGCGGCAGCAGAUGAGGGAACAGCAGCACCUGCAGCAGCUCCGGGGCCUGGGCGACCAGGAGGGGAGCCUAGACUCCCUGGGCUCCCAGCAGGAAUGGGGUGACGGCCCCCAGAACAACGCCGACCCCAGGUUCAAGCCAUAUGAUCUGUCGACGCUCUACCCCUAUGGGGACCCCCAGCUGCUGGACUACGACACUGCAGAGGUGGACAUUCUGGGAGUGGACGGGAUCCUGUACAAGGGCCGCAUGAACAACACGAGUGAGGUGCGGCCCACAAUCUCCAUGGACAAGGAACUCACAGCUGUGAAGGUUCCGCGGCCCCCCUCUCGAAACCUGUAUGACCAUGUGCACACCAGCGACUCAUUUGGUGCCAUUUACCCCCCCCUGUACCCCCGCACAAGCACCAGCACAGCCACCCCAGGCCCCCACCUGACAGUGCCAUCCCGGCCACCAUCUCUGCCACCCCUGCCACUGCUGCCACGGCUGAUCCCACCGCCGCGGGACCCCCAGCAGGUUCCGGGGGCCAGCAGGCACACGAGAUCCCUGCGCUUCGAGUCCCGAGCCAGCUCUCAGCCCAAGGAGGAGCCUGCCAACCCGUGA